GCAGCGUCCCUUGCCUCGUCGACGGUACAAGCCGCUUCAGUGCGUAGUGCCUCUUAUGUGCCCAUUGUCAUCGAGCAGACCACGCGGGGCGAGCGGGCGUAUGAUAUUUUCAGCAGGUAAACUCCUGAAAGAGCGGAUUGUGGUGAUUAACGGGGGCAUUGACGACAACACGAGCAACAGUGUCGUCGCCCAGCUGCUGUUUCUUGAGUCUCAGGCACCGGAUAAGCCGAUCACCAUGUAUAUCAACAGCCCGGGCGGCGUGGUGACGGCUGGCCUGGCCAUUUACGACACGAUGCAGUACAUCCGCUGCCCCAUCAGCACGCUGGUGGUGGGGCAGGCCGCGUCCAUGGCGUCGCUGCUGCUGGCGGCGGGGGCCAAGGGCCAGCGCCGGAGUCUGCCCAACUCGCGCAUCAUGCUGCACCAGCCUCUGGGCGCCGCCGAGGGCCAGGCCACGGACAUCAUGAUCCGGGCGCAGGAGAUCAUGCGCAUGAAGGAGACGCUGACCAGCCUGUACAUCAAGCACACCGGCUGCACGCGCGAGAUGGCGGAGAAGACGCUGGACCGGGACUCGUUCAUGAGCGCGCAGGAGGCCAAGGACUGGGGGCUGAUCGACGAAAUCCUCACGGAACGCCCCGCGGCCGAGGUGCACAGCGCAUGAGACGCGAAUGGGGAGUAAGGGCAAGUAUGAGCGGUGCAGGUUCUAAUGACGUGGGAGACCGGGCACAGGGCAAGGGGCAAGGAAGGGGCGUUUAAGCCGGAAGGAGUGCGUGGGGACACUUGACAGCAAGAGCGUGUGCCAACGAUAUGUGUGUGAGGGCUGCUGAUGCAGGUGUAUGGGCCGGAUGCAUGUGAGCGAGUGAUGUCGCGUGUCGGUUCGGGCGGUGAGCUUGCGGGAGAGCCCGCCAAGUGGCAGUUGGCACCCGUUGGCGACCGCGGGUGGUUCUCAGCCGCUUUAAGCGCGGUCGUCGUCGCAACGUGCGCCAUUAUGCAUGCACAGCACCGUAUGUAUGAUGCGGGUAGCCAAGUGGCGCAAUGGGCCCCCAAUGGUGAGCUGAGUCGUGUCUCGGAGUUUGAGUUAGCAGCGCAUGUUGCGGCAUAUUCAUGCCAUACUCGUAAGAAGGUUUAUGUUACGGCCAGUUCUUGCGAUCGCGCCUGGCUUGAACCACUUGCUCGUUGAACAUAAAGACGUCAAGGCCUAAACUUUUUUUGUCGACGUGGCCGGCGUGGGCCGCCAGCGCAUGCACACUUGUCUAACACCAAUUAGCUAGG